ACACGCCCACUGUGUUUUGCUUGCUUAGUUGGUGCAGAGAUUUUCAAAAUCCCCUGCUGUGUUAGAAGCUGAAAAGGGGGGGAAGUUCCAGAUGUUUGAUGGGAACAUUACCGGCGAAUACAUAGAAUUGUUAACAAAUAAAAAGAUCGUCAUGAAAUGGAGAUACAGGAACUGGCCAGAAGAACACUAUGCAACAGUUGCACUGAAUUUUGUGCCUACGCUAGGGCAAACGGAAUUACAGUUGGACUGUAAAGGAGUUCCAGUAUGUAAAGAAGAGAACAUGAAAUUCUGCUGGCAGAAGCAGCAUUUUGAAGAAAUAAAAGGUUUACUCCACCUGACCACCCCAAAUAGUUAAACUAGUCACCUUUUAUAAGGACGUUACUGUUUUGUAAGCAGAAAGUGUCAUGUUUACCUCUUCACUAGCCUUUCUUUUAAAAAAAAGAAAACAAAACUUAGUUUCCAAUGGGUGAAAUCCAUGAACUUAUACAGAAUUUAAACACAGACCCUGCUGUACCUAGACUCUGCACGGAGGUGGAGAAGCAAGCAGCUCGCGCACAGGUCCUGACCUCACCUUGGGUAGCUGCUCCUCAGGAAAUACCUCGAGUCCCUCAGCAGAUAGCUGAAGCUUCCCAAGCUCAAGUUUGUCCUAGUGAGCUUUGAGCUGUGCUUUUAGUUCAAGAAGAGAAAAAAAUGACAUGUUGAUAUUAUUCCUUUAUUUCAAUUUUUAAGUUCUUAAAGUGUGUAGCUCUUAGUGAAACAGGCAUGCUGCCUUCAGAGCAGGACGGAGUGAGACAGGGUCGGCUACAUCGUGCCCGUGCUCUGCCCUCCCUGGCUGGCCUUGCAGCACUUCCACACUCUGGGUGGGCAGGACGAAAGCUGAUGUAGAGGAGUUAACUCUCGACUGCCACCAACACUUCUAGUGAAAUGGAACAUAACAGAUAAGACUGUAAGUGCUUCUCCCAUUACUUGCGUCUGAGAAGACCGAAGCAACGUAUGUAAACAAAUGAAAAGUCAUCACAAUCAGUUUAAUUAAGUGCACAGAAUAGCAAUCAGUCAUGUCAAUAAAAAUAAAACAAUUAUUUUUA